AUGGCUGAACAUCGACGUGGACGACCUCGCCUUCAUCAAAAUGAUAAUCCAGCCCCACAGCAUGGGAACGCUAACCCACAACUGCCGGCUCAACCUCCUACUGGAGACAAUUUGACAGCUCAAGCCAUCACUCAACUCAUGAAUUUUCUCCAACAACAUAUGACAUCAAACCCCAACGCACCUGAAACCCAUGAUCGGGCGUUAAAAAGAUUCUUGAACGAAUUGAAAAAUGUGUCUGAGAAGUGGACACGAGAAAAUAAGAACAGGACUUGGGAGAAUUUCGUGAGAGAAUUCAAAACCCAAUACAUCUCACAAGCUGAAAGAGAAGCUAGAAGGGAUGAGUUUUACCAUCUGAAGCAAGGAACACUAACUGUAGCACAAUACGAGUCCCAGUUUAAUCGAUUAUCCAAAUAUGCGCCAGGACUGGUUAGCACUAAAGAAGAUAAGUUGUAUAAAUUCACUAGAGGCUUGAGGCAUUCCCUGCAGCAGAGUCUUCUUAUAGUAAGGAUGAACACUUAUGCUGAAGCUGUCGAGGCUGCCACCCGAAUUGAGAGUGGGAUGGCACGUCUAGGACAUGUCCAAAAUAACAGUGGUGGGAAUUUUAAGAGGCCAGCACCAGGACCGUACUCUAAAACCCCUCAAAAAUUUCAGAAGCCUAGUGAAUUAAGAAAUACCCCCACUAGAAAAAAACCCUCCGUCAAGAAUCCGCCCCCACUCUGUUCUCACUGCUCCAUGGCUGGGCAUACUCCCAAUGACUGCUGGCGGAAGUUGGGGAAAUGUCUGAGAUGUGGAAGCUCUCAGCAUCAAAUUAAGGAUUGCCCAAAGAGCGGGGCUCCGGCCGAUAAUCGAACUGCACCAGAAAAGCCUGGAAACAAUAGUGCUAGGGUACCAGCACGUGUGUUUGCUCUGGCAGGACAGGAAGCUCCAGAAGCAACUGACGUGGUGGAAGGUACAUUUCUCGUAUCUAACCACUUUGCACGCGCAUUGAUAGACCCAGGAUCAUCUCAUUCAUUUGUUGCUCCUCGAUUUGCACAAAAACUGAAUGUGCCUAUUGAUUACUUAUCGAGUUGUUUUGAAGUAUCAACUCCUAUGGGUGCAAGCCAGUUAAUUGAUGUGGUCUAUAACGCAUGUAAUGUGAUAAUUGGAAAUAGUUGCUUUCCUGCUAAUUUGAUUUCCUUGACUAUACUUGAGUAUGACGUGAUACUGGGUAUGGACUGGCUAUCUAAACACUAUGCUCAGUUAGACUGUCAUUCUAAGAUAGUUAGAUUCUGUGUGCCUGAUAAGCCUGUGGUUAAGCUUUUAGGCAAAUCUAGGGUUAACUUAGCUCCAUGGAUAUCCGCUAUGAGGGCUAGAAAAGCAAUUUUAAAAGGUGCAGAGGGACUUAUGGGCAGAGAAUGGGAGGCCUUGGAUGAAGUAAUCCAAUGGAAACCACAUUGUCGUGAUACUUACAUAUUGUAUGCUAACCUCUCGAUUAAGUCUAACUUGCUUAGCGAGAUCGGAGAAGCACAAAAGAAGGAUCUAAAACUUCAAGGCUUGAAGGAGAAAAAGCCCGUAACUAAGGAGUUUGUCGAGCCUAGAUCAGAUAUAAGGUUGGCUUGGGACUGCAUAGUCCAUACUGGAGCUUCGGCUCAAUACUGGAGCUUCGGCUCAAUACUGGAGCUUCAACUCAAUCCUGGAGCUUCGGCUCAAACUGAGACUAAAGGCCUAUGUUGUUGGGAGUCACAAGGAAGAGCCUAG